CACAAACCCUCCGCACUGUCUCGCGUAAACACUCCCAGCCUGGGCGAACACACACACACACACACACACACACACACGCGCGUCCUUUUUAACUCUAUUAUCCCGCAGAUUGCGGGAGGCUCUUUCCGACCUGUGGGACAUAUAUUUGGAUCAGAAACCCGGUCCAGGUGUCCAGCGGCUCGGCUGUACAGCAGCAUGUCGGAGCGCGGAGGAGGGCUGCCGAGGAGCGGAGGCGCGCCGUGUCCGUCUCCGCAGCCCUCCAAGCCGGUGGCGAUCACCUCCAACCGCCCGGUGCACAUGAACCUGUACGCCACCUGGGAGGUGGACCGCUCGUCUCCGAGCUGCGUGCCCAGACUCUUUAAUUUGACACUGAAGAAGCUGGUGAUGCUGAAGGAGCUGGAUAAAGAUUUGACGUCUGUGGUCAUCGCUGUUAAACUCCAGGGGUCGAAGCGAAUCCUCCGCUCCAACGAGAUCUUAUUGUCUUCAGCAGGACUAACAGAAACAGACCUACAGCUCACAUUCUCUCUGCAGUAUCCUCACUUCCUGAAGCGUGAUGCCAACAAACUCCAGAUCAUGCUGCAGAGGAGGAAGCGCUACAAGAACCGCACCAUCCUGGGCUACAAGACGCUGGCGCUGGGUCUCAUCAACAUGGCCGAGGUGAUGCAGCACCCUACAGAAGGAGCUCAGGUUCUGGGUUUACACAGUCAGCUGAAGGAUGCGUCGGUUCCUGUGGCUGAGGUGCGAGUUUACUCUCUCUCCAGCCAACCGAUCGACCAUGAGGGUCCUAAAGCCAAGAUGAACGAUCGUUCACCAGACAUCGACAACUACUCAGAGGAGGAGGAAGAGAGUUAUUCAUCAGAGCAGGAGGGCAGCGAUGACCCAGUUCAUGGACAGUAUCUGUAUGAUGAUGAUGACGAGGUGAGAAAGAAGAAACCGCGACGUAAACUGGCAUCUGGGGCUGCCAUCACUAGACAACCCAACAUCAAGCAGAAGUUUGUGGCCCUGCUGAAGAGGUUUAAAGUUUCAGACGAGGUUGGUUUCGGGUUGGAGCACGUCUCACGAGAGCAGAUCCAGGAGGUGGAGGAGGACCUGGAUGAGCUCUACGACAGCCUGGAGAUGUACAACCCGAGUGACAGCGGUCCAGAGAUGGAGGAGACUGACAGCAUCCUGAGCACACCCAAACCUAAACUCAGGCCGUUCUUCGAGGGAAUGUCGCAGUCCAGCUCUCAGACGGAAAUUGGCAGCCUGAACAGCAAAGGAAGUUUGACCAGAGACCCCUUCAGCCCGCAGGGGGAGCAGCCUCCAUCCGACAAGAUGAAACACUCACGCAGCCGCAACUUGGACGAGACCACGACCGAGCCGGACGUUACUAAGGCAAAUGAUCAGGAGCUGUUCUCAGAGGUGGCACCGUCCAUUACUGUGUCUGUGGCUGAAAAACCACGUACACCACUGAAGACCAGCAAGACCGAGGGACAAACCAUGCCUUCUCCUAGGUUGGACGGGACACACACACCCCGGCAGAAACGCAGCACUCCGAUGAAAGAGAGGCAGCUCUCUAAACCACUGAGUGAACGAACCAACAGCUCAGACAGCGAGAGGUCACCUGAACUAGGACACAGUACACAGGUUCUCAGAAAAGCUGUGUAUGAUCAGUUGAAUCAGAUAUUGUUGUCUGAUGCGGCGUUACCUGAGAGCCUCAUCCUUGUUAAUGGCACCGAUUGGCAAGGCCAGUACGUAGUAGAGCAGUUGCAGGUUCAGAAGCAGCCGGUUGUGUGUACGUGUUCAUCAGCAGAGAUUCAGGCCGUUCUCUCAGCCUUGCUGACUCGCAUCCAGAAGUUCUGUAACUGUAACUCGUCCAUGCCGCGGCCGGUGAAGGUGGCAGUAGUCGGAGCUCAGAGUUAUCUGGGUGCCAUCCUGCAGUUCUUCGUCAGUCAGUUGGCUAAUAAGACGUCUGAUUGGCUGAACCACAUGCGCUUCCUGGUGGUUCCUCUGGGUUCCCACCCUGUUGCUAAGCACUUGGGUGCCCUUGACAACCGCUACAGUUCAGUUUUCCUGGAUGGAGCAUGGAGAGAGCUGUUCAGUCGCACAGAGCCUCCACAGUCAGACGUGUUGGACGUAGCAGGUUGUAUCGCUCAGUACAUCGGCGGAGCAUCUCUGACCCACCAGCUCCCCAUCGCUGAGGCAAUGCUGACCUGCAAACACAGGACGCGCGAGGAAGAUUCUUAUCAGAAGUUUAUCCCUUUUAUUGGCGUUGUUAAAGUGGGGCUGAUUGAGCCAGGACAGGCGUCUACAGGUGAUGGUGAAGAGGGUGUGUCUGUGAAUCUGGCUGUCCCCUCUACAUCUCCGCCCACUCACGGCUCUCCAGCCAGUCUUAAAGAGACUGCCACGCCCCCUUCCUCACCUUCUAUUGGUGCUGUAUUAGCUGUACAGGGGAGCCCCAGCAUGUCUCACGGCGUGGACGCUAUCGGUCUGCAGGUGGAUUACUGGCUGGCGUCUCUGGCUGAGAAGCGGCGUGAGGGCGAGAGGAGGGACACGGCCUGUAAGAACACGCUGAAGAGCGCCUUCAGGUCCCUGCAGGUCAGCCGUCUGCCUGGAGCCAGCGUCAGCGAACCCCACGCCCCCGUCAACACCAUGUCUAUGACCGUGGUCACCAAAGAGAAGAACAAGAAAGUGCCAACCAUUUUCCUGGGGAAGAAGCCUAAAGAGAAGGAGGUGGACUCUAAGAGUCAGGUGAUUGAAGGCAUCAGUCGCCUCAUCUGCUCAGCCAAGCAGCAGCAGACCAUCCUGAAAGUGUCCAUUGACGGUGUUGAAUGGAACGACGUGAAGUUCUUCCAGCUGGCGGCUCAGUGGCCGACGCACGUGAAGUACCUCCCAGUCGGACUGUUUGGUUACAGCAAACCGCCCUCCUAGGAACCGCCCUCUCAUCCUCUAAGCUCCGCCCCUUCACCCCCACUGCAGCAGUCACCUCAUUGCACACAGCUGUAGCAGGGCUGUAGGAGGGAACCUGCCUAAAUGUUCAUAUCCUUUCAGAAAGGAGGUGUGUGGGCUCGCGUGUGGGACGGACGUGUAGGACGGACGUGUGGGACGGACAUGUGGGACGGACGUGUGGGAGUGGCUCAGAAGGACUUUAUACAGCGCUAGUCACUUUUAUUUUUCAGAAAGGUUCUCAAGCACCAGUGUAGUGUGGGACGAGCACAAACAGGCAGACACCUUCAGUCUACCAGUAAUCAUAUCCUUGUUACAGAGCAUGAUGAAACCAGAGAGAUCAAAAAUAACACCCCCCCCCUCACAUGACCUUUGACCUAAUGAUCGGCCCCCGUGAUCAGAGAUUUUACCGAACCAGAAAACGGCGUUAACCUCUGAUCUGCAUGUUUUAAACUCCAACCCCCCACAAUCCGUUAGGAAAAUUAGUGUUAUUAUACAACUUAUGUACUUGUGCAUGUGUUGUGCUGCGCAAGCCGCGCAGCUGCAGUUAGCCACUCGAAGCUCCGCCUUUUUUCCACAUCAGUUCAGUAGAGGUUUAGGAUUAGCAGUGAAGUGGUUGAUGUGUUCAUGGACUCUGUGAGUUUUCACUUACUUUGUACAUACAGUAGGCUUUUGUGUCUUUGCUUUCAGUUAUUAUGGGUAAUUACAAAAAGUGGCCUUUUUAAAACAUGUAGCUCAACUGAGGGUUUUAUUAUUAUUAUUAUUUUUAUUUUUUUAUUUAUGAGCCAUUUCUCCAAAGACCACACUGGCCAAUCCGAAUGUAAACUGUCAUGUUAAGCUGACCGAAUGUAAAAGAGGUCACAGAAAGUCAAAAUGGUUGUUACGGCAAUAACCAGCACUUCAUUUACUUCGGCAAACGCUACAUUCUGAGGGGGAAACGGCGCUCACGUCACGGCAUGUCACAUCACAUCACAUCAGAUUUAAAGUUGAUGUCCAGCUCGUCUGAAACCAUCCGCCAGCCAGAGUCGCUCUCAUGAGCAUCCGCUGCAGAACGUGCCACUUUUUUAGCCGGGCUGGAUCCCCUAUGGUUGUUGAAAGCUAUGCACUUUCAUUACCGCUCUCGAGUAUCACACAUAUUUACUCGUGAUGCACAAAGUUGGAGGUUCACUGACCCCUUUAAUCAUUGCCAGUGAGCAUGCUGUCUCUGUCAGUGUAAAUGAUUUAUUAAAAAGGAUAUCUUCUCUCCCACACACACACACACACACACACACACACACACACACACACACCACUGUGAUUCUUUAUCAUGAACGUUCACAAUUUGUGGAGAAUUUACGGCGCAUUAUACAGGGCUAGAAGUGAACGAGUGAUCGACAGCACGACUUGAUGAUUAAAUGCUUCCUUUCGCUUUAAUUCUCUUCCGCAAAUCCUGAAGCCUGAUCUACAAUCUUUCAGGCAAAAUAUCUGACCAUGAGAGCGGAGAGCUGAUUCAAUACCGAGUCAAUACUCUACAUGUUAAUUCAUUUGUCGGGUACAAAUGCCAUCGUUUCAAUGGCAAUUGUUUGCCUUUCAAGCUGGGAAUAAAAAAGACAUCUUCUAAAAUCACUAUGAGGAGAAGUUGAAUGUUUAUAGAGUUGUAACUGUACUUAUCAUGCUAGCUCUAAUUAGUGUGUGUGGGCAGAGCUUUGUGUAAGUACAGUAGGUAGGAAUGAGGGCAGACUCAAAAAGAAAAAAAUUGAAAUCCCGCUCAGCUCUGUCUGUUUGAUCAUUAGAUAAAUACUUAUUAAUCUUAUUAUUACAUUAUAUUUCUAUGUAAUAAUAAACCAAAUCUGAGGAAAUUAAACCUAUUUUAAUUGAACCUUGUUAAGCAAUAACAAGGUAAUUGUUUCGUUUCUUUAGCUGAUCGUUUUUUCUUGUUUCUACGAUUGAAUGCUUUAAAAAAAAAAAGGAGCAACAAUAAUCAGCCAAUAGAACACAGAUCAUUUAAAGCUUAAGAAUAGUGAAAUGUGUCUAGAGAUAUGUUUAAUUAUCUUAGAUACGGUUUAUUGGAAUAACAUUAAGAUUCAAUACAAUUGUUGGAAAAUGAUCAGCUUUUCACCAAAUGAUCGCUUGCAUUUUCCUUCUAAGGAACAACGACCACUCGUUUACUUUUAGCUCCACCGGUUUUCUGUCCUGCCAUGAUCAAGAAUCAUACGGUGUAAUAACACGACUGCUUUCAGGGCAGAUUGAAAACUAACAUCCGUCAUUUUCAGUGUUACACAUAAAGAACUAAAGAAGCGCCUGCUGAGCUGCUACACGGUCGUCGUUACCUGCAGCUUCCUUUAAAAACAUGAUGGUCUACUUUGUCUAGGACGUGUGUGAGGUGUGCGUGUUGGUGUUAGCGAUCAAAGUUUUAGUGUGUGAAAUGUUCUGAGUGGUGUGUGUGUGUGUGUGUGUGUGUGUGUGUGUGUGUGUGUGUGCAGAUUUGUCGUGUAAAUUUUUAACCCGACUCCCGCAUCACGACACAGUUCACACGACACUCAUGGAUGAUGCUGGAGAAUUUAAAAUUCUCAUACUAUGAAACUCUGCAUUUAUGCUAGGCUAAGAAGCAUAAAAGACGACAUGAAAAUGGUGUACAGUUGCUUGAUAAAGGACUUUUCUGUCACUUCAGUCUGAUUCCGAGUCAAAUGUGUUGUAAAUGUAUUAUUAGAGAAGUGUGUUACAGUUCAUUCGGGUCAGUAAUUUCUAAAUGAAUGUUAAGCAAUAGUGUUUUCUAUCGUUUCUUUUUGUUUGGAAUAGUUCAUAAUUUACAAGUGCUUUAUAUUAAGGUUCCUGUAACUGACAUUAUUUAUAGCAUUACUUUAAACAGUAUUUUUUAACAGGGCUGAUUUAGCUCAGUGGUUAUUGGGUUAGUGAUCAGAAGGUUGAGAGUUCAAAUCCCAAGGUUGCUGUUUUUUUUUUUAUUUUAUUUUUAUUUCUUAUUUUUUAAAUAGAUGAAAUGUAAGUCGCUGUUUAUAGAGAUGUCAGCCAAAUGUCAUAGAAAUAAAUGUAAAUCAUCUUAUGCAUCUUGUAGUUUUAUUUUUAGAUUUCGAUUCAUUUAAAUCAAGUCAUUCACAGGGGUCCUCCAAAACUGAACCUAUUAAUAAACAGAUUUGAAAUCAACUAUAAUAAAUCCUAAAAAAAUGUUGGCAUAUUACCGUGGGAUAAGAGUCGUAAAGCACAUUGAGGUCGGCAGGAAAAAAGAAUCAGAUUUAGGUGGGAAAAUGAUAAGGAACAGUAAUUUAUUUAAAAUUUAAUUGUCAUUUUUUUUUAUAUUUAAAUACAAAUAAUUCAAGAUUGGAAACUCCUGCUUUAAAAACAUGGACUAGAGAGCUGAGAGACACUGGAGCUUCUGUUCUUAACAUAUAUAUUGAUUUUAAGCAGCUAAACUGUGAGGAGAACUUCAGAACUUCACCAGAUGUUACAAAAAAAUGCUCCAAAAUCAAAUCUCUGAUGGCACCUUUAAUGACAACUGAUGCAGUAAAUAAAGUUAGUUUACUGAACCUUAAUACUGAGUCAUCGAUGAUUCAUUACACAACACUAGUCACCAUCUUCCACUGAUAAUAUGGCAAGGAUCAUAUAGGAUAUAAAACCUACCCAACGAUUAUGAGGCAUAUCCAAAAAAUUAUCCAAAAUAGACCGCAAAAUAGACUUUGUCUGGAUGAUUCAGCAGUGGAUUUAAUGCUUUAUUGUCUGAUCAGAUCACUAAUAAUUCGGUCUUUCUAGCUGCUGUCAUCCCUUUAGGCUCAAUUUGGCUUGUAAUGAAACAGCCCAGGUGGUGAAGCAGAGUGUGUUUUGUAUUGAACGUGAUUGUACUUCACGCUGAUUGUUUCACAAAUCGUAUGCCGUGAUUUUUUGUGCAAAAAUCCUUUAAAGGUGAAGAUGUUUAAUAACAACUUUCCAGAUGCACACAUCCCUUUUUUUUAAAUGGAUAUAUAUGUGGAAUAUUUGAUGCUGUUAAGUGCAAAGGGAACACAGAGAAUGUGAAAUGCUGCUGCUUGCAAAAACAAAAAGUGUAAUCUGUUAUAUUUCUAUCAGUGUUUUUGAUGUAAUUGUCAAGUACGAUCACUUUUACUUGAUGUUGCCUGUCUGAAAAGCGCAGCAGCAUUUCAACACAUACAUUUCAUUCCGUUUCAUUUCCAGCAACUGCUCCACCAUGUGGAUAUCGUCUCUCGGUCGAAGUCUCGUGCUCUGAUAUUGUAUCGUGCUCUCUCUCUCUCUCUUGUUAUCCCUAUCUCUCUCUCGUUCUCUCUAUCUCUCUCACACUCUCUCCCUUGCUCUCCCUCGCUCUCUCUCUCUCUCUCUCUAUCUCUCUCUCUCUCUCUCUCUCUCUCUAUCUCUCUCCUUCGCUCUCUCUCUCUGUGUUGUUCAGUCUUUUAUGAUGCCUGACUCUAUCAAACCCUGAUCCAGUCAUCGUAUCUGUGUUUGUUGUUGACGUGAAAGCUUUGUUGUCUGUAUCACAUGAACAAUAGAUUUGCAAGCAGACUCACUGCAAACAAACCAUUUGAGGACUUAAUUGUGUUUUUUGUUCUUUCCACUUCAGCCCAAGAGCCUGAUAUUUUACUAAAGUGAUUAGCAGAAAAAGUGACCUAGAGCUGCGUAUCUCAGUCACUGAUCAUGAAAACUGCUUGUCUGCUUUAGUAAAUAAGGCCCUGGAUGUCUAAGCCUGAUGUUGAGAGUAUAUUGUUCUUGAACUCCACAAGCGUCGGAGUGUUUCUGGUCUUUGGCUCGCACUAAACCCUGUGGCACAGCGAGGCAGUAGAUUAGCACUUUGCAGUAGAAGCUGAGUUUGAGGAUAAAGAGUAUUUUUUUUGCACGUCUUAGUUUGUUUUAGCAAUCCUCAGCCACUUGCCUAUACAAUAUCAACAGUGCUUGUACAUAUAUUGAGACGUGCUUGUAAUAUGAACCGGAGUUCUUUUAUUGUUAUUUUUUUUAUUCAACAUGUUUUUGUAGUACUGCCUUUUCAUGAUUUCAGUUGUCGAUGGGGUAAUGUGUGGGAAAAAUUGAAAGUGUUCAUUUUUUUAAAUAAACACACCUUAUUUGUA